AUGUCCAAGAACAAUACUAGAGAUUUGUCUCACACAUUCACUUUAACGUGUAUUACAUUUUUGAUUUGUACAGGAUAUAUUUAUAGAGAUUUGCAUGUACCAUUUGAGACUGCAAGGGAUGCGCUGAUUGCACAACGUGUUUUACAGCCUGACCCGAUACUGAGACCUGAGGAUUUCCAAGUAGAAUACGAGGCCAAGGCUACUGUACUGGAUAUACAUUUCAAAGCCAUAGAUGAUCGGGUACUGAGAACUUACGCAUACCAGGGUUCAAUGUCUAUUUUCCAUUUAUUAGGAACAGAUGACUCAGAAGUGGUUUCCAAAUUACGCUACAUUGGUCAAGGGAGGAGGGGAUUAAAGAGCUCCUCUUACCAAGUAUACCACAAGAUGCUAUUAUGUACUAUUCGCUACACAGACCAUAUAUAA